UUCUGAUUGGGUGCUGGGGUAGCGGUGGGCGGGACAGAGGCAGGACGGCGCCGGGGGCUGGCCCGUGGCGCGGCCGCUUCCGGUUGUGUGAGGACAGCGCGGCGGGUCUGUUGAGGAGGCGGCGGCGGCUGGGGAAGGGGCAUCACCAUGGCUGUGGCGAUUCGGCAGAUUGUGGUAUAUCUCUCCUUAUGGGCGCUUUGUGUCCUGAGCAAACCCACCGAAAAGAAGGACCGCGUCCACCACGACCCUCAGCUGAGUGACAAGGUCCACGAUGAUGAGCAGAACUUUGACUAUGACCACGAUGCCUUCCUGGGUGCUGAUGAGGCCAAGACCUUUGACCAGCUGACGCCAGAAGAAAGCAAGGAGAGGCUGGGAAAAAUUGUAAGUAAAAUAGAUGAAGACAAGGACGGGUUUGUAACUACUGAAGAGCUAAAAGACUGGAUUAAGUUUGCCCAAAAGCGCUGGAUUUACGAGGAUGUAGAGCGCCAGUGGAAGGGGCACGACCUCAAUGAGGACGGGCUCAUUUCCUGGGAAGAGUAUAAAAAUGCCACCUACGGCCAGAUCUUAGACGACCCUGACCCCGAUGAUGGCUUUAAUUACAAGCAGAUGAUGGUGAGAGAUGAGAGGAGGUUCAAAAUGGCCGAUAAGGAUGGUGACCUGAUUGCGACCAAGGAGGAGUUCACUGCCUUCCUGCACCCUGAAGAAUAUGACUACAUGAAGGAUAUUGUUGUGCAGGAAACAAUGGAAGACAUUGACAAGAAUGGAGAUGGUGUCAUUGAUCUGGAAGAAUACAUAGGUGAUAUGUACAGCCACGACGGGGAUGCCGAAGAGCCUGAAUGGGUGAAGACAGAGCGGGAGCAGUUUGUAGAGUUCAGGGAUAAGAACCGUGAUGGGAAGAUGGACAAGGAGGAGACCAAAGAUUGGAUCCUUCCCUCAGACUAUGAUCACGCCGAGGCAGAAGCACGGCACCUCGUCUACGAAUCGGAUCAGAACAAGGACGGCAGACUCACCAAAGAAGAGAUUGUGGACAAGUACGACUUGUUUGUGGGCAGCCAAGCCACAGACUUUGGCGAGGCCUUGGUACGGCACGACGAGUUCUAAAGCCACAGAAUCCUCUUUCUUAAAAGAAAAAAAAGUAAUUUAUUUUUUAAUAGUUUCCGAAGUAACAUGAGAAACUUUCACUACUGAGACUGGCAGUUUCAGGCAACAACAUGGAAACACACACACAAAACCCCUCUCCCAUCCUUGCUUUUAUUUCUUUUUCCUGUAGGGAUGGGAAUUCAGUGUUUUGAAAAGCAUUUCUAAAAUGGCAACACUUGGGUUUUUAUGUUUUAUAGGUUUGCGUUUUGUUGUAUGUCUAACAAGUUCUGUUUAUUUUUGUAUUAUUAUUAUUAUUAUUAUUAUUAUUGUUCGUGUGAGAUGAAGAAUACAUCCCCUGAAACAUUAGCCCUAGAGCAUCAUUAGCUUCCCCAUCAGACCUCCCCACUUCCCCUGUUUUAAACGCCGGUGUGUUUAGCUACACAGAAAUUGAUAGCAAGAUGCCAGCGAUCACGGAGAGCCAAGGAAAACAAAUCCUAAGAAGUAUUGCAGUGUUUGGUUUUGUGUGUUGUGUUUUGGGGAGGACUGGGGCAUUUACCUUCAACCUACCUUGAGGGGCCUAUUGAGGAAUUCUGUCCGCUUCAUCCCUCCAGUUCACCCCACAACUGCUCUCCUCUUCAGUGCAGGGGUUUUUCCGACUGUGCACCUCACACUCUCAGGAGGGGGAGACCUUUGACUAAAGCUGUGUGCUUUAUUGACACCCUCCAGGAGCAGGAAAUGGAAACUUGGCCCCUCCUUUCCCUCAAGUGUUAAUUCCAGGGGCCUCUGUUACCCCGUUAAUUGGCAGUAUUCUUCCUGGAAUGAGCUGGCCACGGCUGCUACAGCCCUCUGGGGCACUUCCCAUGGGAUUGUGUGGGUUCCAAAAGCCAAUGGGCUCUGCAUUUUAUCCUCCAGACUGGUUUUGCUGCUGAUUGUUUGAAUUCAGGAGAGUAAGAGCACCUGACCCAGGGUUGAUCACUCAAGAUGGGGGGACAGUGGGUGACUGCAGUGUGGAUGUUAAGGGCCGGGGAAUAGUGGGGCAGCAGCCGAGCCUAGCUGGAAAUCCUGCAUUUUUGAAGUGCAUUUCUCUACAAAAGAAGACAGCAAGCAGCUUUCCCAGGGGGAGGGAAUCCCAGUGCAAAAUGUGCACCUCAGAAGCAUUUAUGGGGAGGGCAGCUCUUUUUCCUUCAUGCACCUCUGGCCAAGCAGCAGCAGCAGCAGUUCAGUAUUAAAUGCCUUCCCCAGCAGUGUUCUUCUGAUUGCUUGGUGGGUCUUAAUCCACCAGCUGCCUGGUCUGCCAGGGAGGGCCUUAUCCUUACCUCAGAAGGCAAACCACUCCCUCCCUUGCUUUUGUGCCCCAAGAUGUAAUCUAGCAUGCGCUGCUCUUGUCUUUUACCAACAUUAGUUGAGGGCCAGAUAAUUUAGCUUACAACGCUUCCCAUGCUGAUGACGGUUCCCAUUUAAGGGUCGGGUUGCACAGGCCAUUGAGUCGUUUGCAGUUUGUACUGGCCUGCAUGCAUAUGUGGGUGUGUAUGUGGAAUUGACCUAAGCCAGGUGCUGUGUGUGUGGAUUUGGGGUCCAGUCCACCAGAAGCGACUCCCCUGCAUUUCUCCCACACAGAAAUGAAUGCAAUGAGUGGUCCCCUUUCUCAGCAGGACUCAAGUUGGCGUUGUUUCCUGGAGAUGACUCUCUGCAUUAACCCCUUGAACACUAAAAGCUUGCUUCCUUCUCCGGCCCACUAACUGUCAUAAUCUGUGCCAAUUCCUUUGAAUCAUGACGAGUUCAUGGACUGAAUGCUUGAAACACUGUCUGCUCCUGUUAAUUUCAUAUAGCCUUUUUUGUGUGUGGGUGAUCACUUGAGACAAUGAAUAGGAAAGUCGUUUUUGUAGGAAAUCCAGCACUCUGGCCAGGAUUUCAUAAGAUCUGUGUGUCGUGCAGCUGUUAGCAGUCCUGGGCACGGCUUUAUGUUUGACGUGAAAUGGAAGCAAGUACAUUCUAAAGUAUUCUUCGGGAAAGGAGCUGCAUGCUGGUGAAGCAAAGGGCCCUGCCAGUUGCAAAUGUGAGCUGGUCUAGUGGGAGCAAGCAUGCCUGGUCUAGGUAGACGGAUGGGUCUGGCUCAGUAGAAGGCAGCUUCUCCUGUUCCUAUGUGGAGGGCAGCAGGAUGUCUAAAAGAGCAGCCCUCUUUAUGCAGCAUGAGGAGCUGAGCAGGUGGAGGGAGCGGAGGGAGCCUCUGCCUGGCCCCCAGGGCUCUACCUACACCCACUGGCCGGGCCCCUGCUCAGUGAGCUUCUGACCCUGCUGGCUCAGGUCUUUGCACUGGAGUGGAAGCAUCUCUGGCUCCCAUCCUGGCCCUGCUGCCUCCUUGAGCCGCCGCUGGCGCUGCUCCAGCACCCCAACCCCACAGAGUCUGAGCCAAAGAGCUGGGAGAGGCGGGUGCUUGUGCGUGCAGCAUGGCUGGCGACAUUCACAUGACCAUAGGAACAUAGGAAGCUGCCAUAUAUUGAGUCAGACCAUUGGUCCAUCUAGCUCAGUAUUGUCUUCACAGACUGGCAGCGGCUUCUCCAAGGUUGCAGGCAGGAAUCUCUCUCAGCCCUAUUUUGGACAUGCUGCCAGGGAGGGAACUUGGAACCUAGAUGCUCUUCCCAGAGUGGCUCCAUCCCCUCAGGGGAAUCUCUUGCAGUGCUCAUACUACAUCAAGUCUCCCAUUCAUAUGCAACCAGGGUGGACCCUGCUUAGCUAAGGGGACAAGGCAUGCUUGCUACCACCAGACCAGCUCUCCUCUCCAGAGACCAGUGUCUCUGCAGGUGCUUCGGGGGACUUGUGCCCUUGAUUCUGCUCGAUACAUUCUGCAUCGAGAUACAUUCUGCUCUAAUGAGCCACAGUUCAGAGCGCUGCGGUGCAGUUGUGUGCAGAAACCACCCUGCUGCAAAAACUCUGCAAGUACCACUGCAGAGGAAGAGAGCUGUCUGGAUUGGGCCUUUCCAGCAGUGCGGGUCUGAUAUUGACACCCCGGCAUGUUUGUCCUUGCAUACCUUUGUCAUUAUAUUAAAGCAGAUAUAAACCUGGUGAUCAAAGAAACAGAACCAUGUGCCCCAAAGCUCUUGGUUGCCCACCUUUUUAGGAGGUUUUUCUUUUUUUGUAGAGCAUAAAUGGAGUUUUAUAUAAUGUACAACAUACAGAUAAAACUGUCUUAAUACAACUGUUUACACCC